AUGUACAUAUCUCAUGUCAUGACGUGUGAUGUACCAGAGAGUAGGAAACUCGAUAAAGAAAAGUCCAUUGAUAGAAAGCAAAGCAAUGUUAAAUGCAAGCUGAAGCAAACACUAACGUUGCUUGUUUCCAUCCAGGCAAUACAUGACAUUUUCACGCAGCUCAAUCAGCAUCAAACAAUUUUAUUAGCCUCAAUUCACUCGAAAUUUGCUGUGGUUGCCAAAAUGAAACUGUACGAUUAUAUUUACGUCUACUCAGACAUCAUUACUUAUUCGAGAUUGCAUGAACUACCUGAGAAAGAGAUGAGGGAAUUGAUCAAGGCUGUGGAUAAAAAACUCGUUACGCCUUUCGUUAAAAAGAGUCGUCAUGAACCAAAAAAGCGUCGCUCUCCAUUGAUUUUGAUGCCAGAAGUUGGUAUGGAAUAUCAUGGGAUGAGUAAAACCUGCUUGUUUAGGUUUGCAAGAAAUGUAAACAAUCACUGA